AUGGCUUUUGAUGAACCACAGAACGAUGAGAGAACCGCAGAGCAAAAGGCAAUUGAUGAUUGGCUUCCGAUCACUUCUUCUCGGAAUGCGAAAUGGUGGUAUUCGACUUUUCACAACGUCACCGCCAUGGUCGGCGCCGGUGUCCUCAGCCUCCCGUACGCCAUGUCGGAACUUGGAUGGGGACCUGGAAUUACAAUUCUGAUCCUUUCAUGGCUCAUCACCUUCUACACAUUAUGGCAAAUGGUUGAAAUGCACGAAAUGGUUCCUGGUAAGAGGUUCGACAGGUACCACGAACUAGGCCAACACGCCUUUGGUGAAAAGCUCGGGCUUUGGAUCGUUGUACCUCAACAGAUUGUCGUUGAAGUCAGUACUUGCAUAGUUUACAUGGUUACUGGAGGAAAAUCUCUGAAAAAAUUCCAUGAAACAGUCUGUCCAAGUUGCAAGGAGAUCAGACUCACCCUUUUCAUCUUGAUCUUUGCAUCUGUUCACUUUGUGCUAUCCCAUCUGCCUAAUUUCAACUCGAUUUCAGUCGUUUCCUUUUCUGCAGCAGUGAUGUCCCUAACUUAUUCGGUUAUUGCUUGGGGGGCUUCGCUCGCUAAGGGACCUACGGCAAACGUGAGCUAUGGCCCACGAGCCUCUACUACAUCUGGGAGUGUAUUCAACUUCUUCAAUGCAUUGGGUGAUGUGGCUUUUGCCUAUGCUGGACACAAUGUGGCGUUAGAAAUUCAGGCAACAAUUCCUUCAACUCCUGAGAAACCUUCAAAAGGGCCUAUGUGGAAAGGAGUAAUAUUUGCAUAUAUUAUUGUUGCCAUUUGUUAUUUCCCAGUUGCAUUCAUUGGAUAUCACACAUUUGGGAAUACAGUAGAUGAUAAUGUUCUUCUCUCACUUGAAAAACCCAACUGGCUUAUUGCAAUGGCAAACAUGUUUGUGGUUAUUCAUGUCAUUGGAAGUUAUCAGAUAUAUGCCAUGCCGGUGUUUGACAUGAUGGAGACUUGUCUGAUAAAGCAAUACAAGUUUAAGCCUUCAACCAAGCUUCGGUUCACUACUCGUACCUUAUUUGUUGGAAUUACAAUGUUCAUUGGCAUGACAUUCCCAUUUUUUGGUGGUCUACUUGGAUUCUUUGGUGGUUUUGCUUUGGCACCAACAACAUACUAUCUACCCUGCAUCAUGUGGCUCAUUAUCAAAAAACCCAAAAGAUUCAGCUUCUCUUGGUGGAUAAAUUGGUCCUUCAUCGUCGUAGGGGUUCUAUUGAUGAUUCUUGCACCCAUUGGUGGAUUGAGGAACAUAAUUUUGUCUGCUAGCAACUACAAAUUCUACCAAUGA